UGCGCGCCUGAUCUCGCGGCCUCCCUGCGGCCCCGACAGCGGGGGCUCGAACUGUAGUCGUUGGACACGAGUAAGAGACAGUUUUGUCUCGGUCAGGCCCCUCGCUAGAUCAGCAACAACGAUCCCUUGCGGUUUUGUACCGUUUUCUGGUUCGCGUGGCGCGUCCAUCAUAACGAUUAUGCGAUAUUCUUGUGAGCACCUGGAAUGGAAGAAAGUGGCAGUUUUUGUUUCUUCCCAUGAGGUUGGGUAUCUGGAAUGAGAACCAUGAAAUUAAUCUAGACUAUGAGAUUUCUAAGGACCUGGAAUGGCAUUGGGCAGCACCAGGACCUGAAAGGAGUAUUUGAGGACACAGAGCUACGGAAAAGUUUGCCAAAAGAAGGAUUUAUGGGAAACAACUUAUCAGAAACACCAGUAGAGAAACCUUUUAAAUUUCUUCAGGCAGUGGGAAAGUUGAGUCUUAGUUCAAAUUAAGCAAAAUCUACAUUAAAGAGAAAUCAAAGUCUCAAAUAUGAAAAGUACAUUACUUAAAAUGCUAAGUAAAUUUAAGAAAACAAGUGAAAGGUGAGAAACUAUGGAAAAAUAUUUCUAAAACUUUUAUACUCCUCGCUAAGAACUGCCAUGAUUCUGAAACUUGAUAAUAUCCCAAAUCAGGAGAACAGUUUCAGUGAAGAAUAGCAGUUGAGAAUACACCAGAUGUCUACAAGGAAGAUCUGAGAGUAGAAAAGUGCCACUAACAAAUCAUUUACAUACUUACAGAUUACCUUGGUAAGCAUAAGAGAUACUCAAGUUAAAGCUCAGACAUUGAGAAUGCUGGAUUGAAUGCAAUAAAAGUUGUUCAACAGAACCUUCUAACUUUCUUCUUCACCUUAAGAUUCUAUGCAAGCAUUCUCAAAUUGGCGCUCUCCAGACAUCCCAAUGUCAGGGUUCUUAUAGCUUGGAGUCUUUAGGUAGAUGGACUGCUGCCCAGUGAACACUACUUACGGAGAAAUAUGAGCACCAUUUUCUUUUUAGGCAGUGAGGUAAAAUCAAGCCAUUUUGGAAGGGGAAAAGCCACACUGCAUCUCUGCUAUACAACAUUAUUUUUGACUUUGAGUCUUUCACACUCCUUUCUUCUCAAGCACCAUUUUUUAUUGAGACUUUCCCACCUGGGUCUGUUCUUGGGGCUACACCUUGCUCAAUGCCUCCUGUCUUCCUUUUAUCCCUUUUCCUUUGUUGAGUUAGGAAGACUAUGUAGGUGUUCCUGUUCUUCUUGAUUGGUGCUGCUGUAUCUGUUGAAGGAGAAAAGGAGCAGGGGGAUUUCCAACUGACUACCCAUGUCUUGCAGGAGCAACAGCCUUACAGGACCUUCAGCAAUAGCAUCUUUCUGAGUUUAUAAGACUCUACCUCUAGAUUCAUGAGCCUUCAUCUCUUAAUUACUCUCUAGUACAAAUGCCUGUGCCUUCUGGGGCUUUGAGCUAGUUUGAAAAAAAAAUUUUUUUUUUCCAAUUCAGUAGAACUUUAUCCUUUCUUUUCUCUUGUUGGUUGUUUGAAUCAAAUUCAGUAUGAAUAAGAGAGGGAAAUAUACAACACUAAAUUUGGAAGAGAAAAUGAAAGUUCUAAGUAGGAUUGAAGCUGGACGAUCUCUUAAGAGUGUAAUGGAUGAAUUUGGAAUCAGUAAAUCAACAUUUUAUGACAUUAAAAAGAAUAAGAAACUGAUUUUGGACUUUGUACUUAAGCAGGACAUGCCAUUAGUAGGGGCUGAGAAGAGAAAGAGGACAACGGGAGCCAAAUAUGGCGAUGUGGACAAUGCAGUCUACAUGUGGUACCAACAGAAACGCUCAGCUGGUGUCCCUGUUAGAGGCGUGGAGCUUCAGGCAGCUGCCGAGAGAUUCGCACAGUGUUUUGGGCGAACAGACUUCAAAGCCAGCACUGGUUGGCUUUUUAGGUUUCGAAAUAGGCAUGCAAUUGGGAACCGAAAAGUAUGUGGAGAACAAGUCCUAAGUUCAGUUUCAGAAAGUGUUGAGCCGUUUCGACAAAAACUGUCCAUGAUAAUCAAAGAGGAGAAACUGCGUCUAGCUCAGCUAUACAGUGGGGACGAGACUGACCUCUUUUGGAAAUCAAUGCCAGAAAACACUCAGGCGAGCAGAAAAGAUAUCUGUAUGCCAGGGAAGAAAAUAAACAAGGAACGGUUGUCUGCCCUUUUGUGUGCAAAUGCAGAUGGGACUCAUAAGUUAAAAUCGGUCAUAAUUGGAAAAUCAAAGCUGCCCAAAAGUGUGAAAGAGGACACAAGUGUGUUACCUGUGAUAUAUAAACCUAGUAAAGAUGUUUGGUUCACCAGAGAAUUGUUUUCAGAAUGGUUCUUUCAAAACUUUGUUCCAGAGGUCAGGCAUUUUCAACUUAACGUUCUAAGAUUCCAUGAAGAGGAAGUCAGGGCAUUGUUACUUCUGGAUAAUUCCCCAGCUCACCUUUCUGCUGAAGCACUAACCAGUGAGGAUGGGCGAAUAAAAUGUAUGUUCUUUCCCCAUAACACUUCAACCUUGAUUCAACCAAUGAAUCAAGGUGUGAUCUUAAGCUGCAAACGACUUUAUAGGUGGAAGCAACUUGAAGAGAGUCUUGUCAUUUUUGAAGAAAGUGAUGAUGAGCAAGACAAAGGAGAAAAAGGAGUUUCCAAGAUUAAAACCUGUAACAUAAAAUGUGCAGUUUUUAACUGGGCAAAAAGUUGGGAUGAAGUAAGCCAAAUAACCAUAGCAAGUGCAUGGGAAAAUCUUCUUUACAAAAAGGAACCUGAAUAUGAUCUUCAAGGCUUAUAUGAUGGGGAUUAUAAAGAUAUUCUUGAGAAAUGCGGAGAGUUGGAAACCAAGUUGGAUGAUGAUAGGGUGUGGUUAAAUGGGGAUGAUGAAAAAAAAGGUUGCCCCCCAAAAACAAAAGGUGGAAUUACAAAGGGAAUUGUUCCGAAAGGAGGAGGAACUGAUGAAGAACAUCAGCAGCCUGCUGCAUUUAAAUUAUCUACUGUAAGAGACAGUUUGGACUACCUUCUUGAUUUUGUUGAUGCCACACCUGAGUUUCAAAGGUUCCAUUUCAUGCUGAAAGAGAUGCAACAAGAAAUAAUCAAGAAACAGUUCCAGACUAGAAUCCAUUCUAGAAUUGGUAGCUUUUUGAAACCUAGGCCUCAUAAUAUUAAGGAUUCCUUCAACAUGCCUUCAACUUCUGGUUCUAAUAAUUAGAUUUUGUGUUUAAAGCUUUUUGCAGUUAUAACAUAGGAUGUAAAUUGUUACUGUUUAUCAAUUUACCUCAUUUUGUGUAUCAAUGCCCACUUACAUAUUGGUUAUGAAACAGUUUGAAAACAAUAAAUUUAUGUUUCUUUAAAUAUAUAAAUAUAUUCAACAAUUCACAUUUUUUUUCUGUUUUAGACAAGGAUCUGAAUAAUGAGGAAUUAUUGUCUCAGAUUAUCUAAGGUGGAUUGGAUGUGGGAAAAGCAUUAAAUUCUACCCGUUAUUCACAGCAUAUAUCAAAGGAGUUCCAUAUGCUAACUGGUUCUCCUUACCUUUAAGAGAAGGGUAGAUCGAGUUUUUUAUUGAAUAGUAUGAUAUGCUCUGAUUUCUUAAAUCUCUUAACCAGCUAUUUAGUGUUUGUUUUCCUCUUAUGUGGAAGUAAUAUAUGCUGAUUAUAGAAAAUCAUAAAGAAGAUAAAAAUUACCCAAAUUCUAUCAACCAAUGGUAGCCUUUCUUAACGCUUUGGUAUAUUUUAUAUAUUUUUAAAUUUAUUUUUCAUAACAAUCACCCCCUCCUUUUUUUCUUUUUCUUUUUUCCCCUUCUUUUAAAUAGAUAAGGAAACAGGUUUAGAAAGGUUAAGCAACUUGAUCAAGGUCACACAGCUAGUAAAUAGCAGAGACAAGAUUUAAAUAAUUCUACUUAACUCCAAAGAGCCUGGUGUUGUAGUUAUUAAGAGCUAGGCUGCUAACCAAAAGGUUGGCAGUUCAAAUCCACCAUGUGCUCCUUGGAAACCUUA